GAAAUUUUUACAACUUGAGCAGAACCCAAAAAUGUCGAUAUGUUCCAUCUUCGGGGCUACUCCAGCCUUCAAAGUUCAAACCUUCAUAAUCUUCCACUCUGAAAAUCUGUCUGGCUAAUUUAAGCACCGAUGAGUUCAUCAGGUAGAGCUUUUGGUGCAAUAUUCUACAGACUCUCAACUGCGGCUCCCCUGAGGUUCCCCAAUUCCUUCCCUAUUCAAGGGGCUGUUAGGUUAAACACGAAUCUAUCUUCUACCUCAAUGUACUCAUCUUGUGCAAAAUGGGAUACUCCGAUUAAGUUCCAAUCUUUGAAUUCUGUAAGAAAGAUUUGGACACGUGGGCCUCUCUGUAUGGGAAGAAGGUCCUGCAAAAUUGCAGGCAGGAAGGGGGCUCAAGAUGCAAAAAAAGCCAAACUUUAUGCAAAAGUCGGAAAGGAAGUUGUAUCUGCAGUGAAGAAAGGUGGACCAAAUCCAGUAUCAAAUACAAGUCUUGCAGCUCUUCUUGAAAAAGCUAAAGAGCUUGAUGUUCCUAAAGAAAUCCUAGAAAGAAACAUCAAGAGAGCUUCUGAUAAAGGCCAAGAAGCAUACAUUGAAAAAAUCUAUGAGGUAUAUGGUUAUGGUGGAGUUGGAAUCAUAGUUGAGGUUUCAACCGAUAAAAUCAACAGAUCAGUGGCGGCUGUGAGAGAAGUGGUGAAGGAUUGUGGUGGCAAGAUGGCGGAUCCUGGUUCUAUUAUGUUUAAAUUUAGGCGGGCCCACGUUGUUAAUAUCAAAGUUACAGAUGCUGAUAAAGACACACUGCUUUCAAUUGCUUUGGAUUCGGGUGCGGAUGAUGUCAUUGAACCUUUCAUUGAUGAAGAUGAUGACUCUGAAGAAGAUAACUCUGAAAGAUACUAUAAAAUUGUAAGCUCUUCGGAUAAUUAUAUGGAAAUACUAUCAAAGUUGCGUGAGGAGGGAAUUGCUUUUGAGCCUGAUAAUGGAUCCGAGCUACUUCCUUUGACCCCAAUUGAGGUGGAUGAUGAAGCUAUGGAGUUAAACAAGGAACUUAUGUCGAAUUUACUUGAUCUUGAUGAUGUUGAUGCUGUUUAUACUGAUCAGAAAUGAUUAAAUAAAGAUAAUUUGGGAGUUUUGUUAAGAAUUGCAAUGCAAUUGUACAAUUUUGUAUGAACUCUACUAUUGAGUUCUAUUAUUAAUAUGAGAACUUAGACAGUUAUACUUGGUGAUUUUUCUUGAGGAA